CGUCGCGUUGCAACCCUUGGAACCGAGCCCCGGGUUUGUGUCGGGUAUACAUGUACAACAGGCUUCCUUCGUUGAUCUUGACGAUGAUCGGGAUUUGUGUAAACCCCUUUCUGCUCAGACUUCUUGAUAGAAUGUGGCCCUCCUUGAAGCUUUGUUCCAUGGUGGUGGUCCUGGGCGCCGCCACCGCUAAUGCCCUUCGUGUUACCAAAAGAGCGGCCAUUGACGACUGUCUGAGCGCGGCCCAAGUGCCAGUCGAUGCUCCGAGCUCAACUGACUGGGUGGCCGACGUAAGGGCGUUCAACCAAAGACUCCAAUAUACCCCAGCCGCCAUCGCAGUUCCCACCACCGUGGAACACAUCCGCGCCGCCGUCUCUUGUGCCGCAAAGGUAGGGGUCAAGGUGAACCCAAAAUCUGGCGGGCACAGCUACGCAUCUUUCGGUCUCGGCGGCGAGGACGGCCAUCUCGUUGUGCAACUCGACCGCAUGAACAACGUCACGCUGGACAAUGCCACGCAAAUUGCGACAGUUCAGCCGGGAGCACGGCUGGGCCAUGUGGCGACGCUCAUAUACCAGCAGGGAAAGAGGGCUUUCAGCCAUGGAACAUGCCCCGGCGUUGGUGUCGGCGGGCAUGCACUACACGGGGGCUUUGGCUUCAGCUCGCACACAUACGGUUUGGCUCUCGACUGGAUAGUUGGCGCCACCGUAGUGCUCGCCAAUGGCACCGUUGUGGAAACUUCAGAGACGCAGAAUAAGGAUCUCUUCUGGGCUCUUAAAGGCGCGGGAAGCAACUUUGGGAUCGUGGCAUCCUUCCGAUUCAAGACCUUUCCCGCACCAACCGAGCUGAGCACGUACGUGGUUAACUUGCGGUGGACAAACGCGUCUGCCAUUGCUGAGGGCUGGGCGAGCCUUCAGGACUGGCUCAAGACUGGAGGCAUGCCCAGGGAGAUGAACAUGCGGCUCUUCGGCAACGGGUUUCAAACACAACUGCAGGGCAUGUAUCACGGCAACUCAUCGGCACUACGCACAGCCAUCCAGCCGCUCCUCACCAGGCUGAACGCGACACUCUCAAGUGUUGAGCAGGACGACUGGAUGGGAGCCUUUGCGCACUACGCCUACAGUCAACAGAUCGACAUUACCCGUCCUUAUAGUGCGACUGAAACAUUCUACUCCAAGAGCCUGGUGACUUCGGCACUCUCCAACAGCACUCUGCAGAGCAUCGCCAACUAUUGGGUCAACACGGCCAGACGAAACAGCCGGUCCUGGUACCUGAUGGUCGACAUGUACGGCGGCCCCAACUCAGCCAUCACCAAGGUCCCAGCCGACGCCACUUCCUUCGCAUAUCGCGAUCCCAACACCCACCUCUUCCUCUACCAAUUCUACGACCGCACCAUGCGGGGCUCAUACCCAUCCGACGGGUUCGCCUUCCUAGACGACUGGGUCAAGCUCUUCACCGCCGGCCUGGACACGACACAGUGGGGCAUGUACAUCAAUUACGCCGAUCCAAGGCUGAACCAAACUGCGGCGCAGGAGGCCUACUACGGGCAGAACCUCGCUCGCUUGAGGCAGCUCAAGAAGCAGUUUGACCCGGCAGAGCUGUUCUACUACCCGCAAGCUGUCGAGCCGGCCAAGGCAUGAUGAGGCAACUUUCGCGCUCAGGGGCAAGCAGAUGGCUGGAUAUGUAUGGCCAGGUAACUAUACAACUUGGAAACGAGGCACCUCAAAUUGACAGGAUCGUCAUGCAAAACGGGGAGCUGGAGGGCUGGGUGAAUUACUUCCUGGACGAGUCUUCAGAAACCAGCGCCGGCACUGCAGGAUUUGGACUUGCGUGUAUAUACAAUCCAGCCCUGGUUGUUCGUAAGCGUGGCACAUAGCGGACACUAAACAUGAAUAGGAAAGUGCAGUUCAAGCAACCUGGAUUGUAAGAAAACAAGGAAGGAUAAUAAAAAGAGAAAUAUAAAACAUCAAGACAAAAAGUAAGGUGACGAGAGAAAGAGGAAGAGGGAGAGGAAGAUAAAGAUAAUGAUGGAAGAAGAAACGAAAGAAUAACG